UAUAGGACUUAGUGGGUUGAGACUAGUUCUCGAGCUCUUUCAGCUCAUUACCAACACCAGAGGAUAUUUAAAGGACCCGAUGAACUAUCUGGAAGUGGUUAUAUUUGGGCUGACUAUCGUUUUCUGUCUCUCCAUCAUACAGUACCCAGAUACCAGUCCCAGCUAUUUUCAGUGGGAGGUUGGUUGCUAUGUGGUAGUAUUUGCGUGGUACAACAUGUUAAUGUCUCUCAAGAAACUCCCUCUUAUUGGAAUCUACGUUCUCAUGAUUAAAAUUCUCCUGGAAUCCUUCAUCAAAGUGAUGCUGCCAAUCUUUCUGUUUCUCAUUCCAUACAUUCUGAUGUUCCAUAUGAGUUUUCCGGAAACUGAAACGUUUAAAGGAAUCGGCACCUCGAUUGGCAAAGUAGUGACGAUGUUCACCGGACAAAGUUUAAGCUUCGAAACGUACUUUGUAGCCGCAAAUUCAGCCAUCCCCGACUUCAUCCACCCUGUUCAAUACCCGUACUCAACUUAUCCUCUUUACAUGAUGUUUCUCUUUCUCUGCCCUAUCAUCCUCAUGAACCUGCUGACUGUUUUGGCUAUUCUUGAUGUGGCUGAAACGAGGAUAACAUCCAAGUUGCGGAGAUCAGCAGAGAGGAUCGAGCAAAUAUUUCGAGCGGAGAAGAUAGUUGGAAAACUUUCAUUCUGCGGUGUUUUUGCCGUGUCUCGCUACCCUCACGGAAAAGUGUACCCAAACAAGGUAGUCUAUCCACUGUCCCUAUUCUUCUGUUUUGGUAAAACAGUAUACGACUUCAAAGGCAGUCAUGUGGUCGAGAUCGUGUCUAGACGCCGUCAGGUUGACGGUGAUGGAGAAUUGAGACUGAAGAAGAUUCAGGGACAAGUUAUACGGAUCAUAACAGCACUCAACCAGCUGAGUGCCAAGAUCGAUGUAAACACCAUGCAGGUCGACAAAAACGUUAACUCCGAGGAGAUCGAGAUAAGAAAAAGUAGAAUUAUUGACACAGAAUCUGGACCUGCUUGAUUAAUGUGAAUUUUGUGAAAUU